GACUCGAACCACCACCACCACCUACCAUUCAGACUUGUCUCGACUCGAUAGCGCCAUGUUCGCCGCUGUGUCCCGCGCUGCUACCCUCUCGACCGUCGCCCUGCAGAAGAGCAACGAGACCGAGACCUACUCUUCCUCUACGCUUCCCGAGGUCGAGGCGCUGCGCGACAUGCGCGCGUAUGAGCAUGCCCGACAGAGGGUCAAGCGCGCGGAGGAGAUUGCCCGCCGGAAAGCACUCAAGGAGCGGUCCGUCAGCGGUGGCAACGCGUACCAUUCGUCCGUGACAGGUCCAGGCGCGAAGGCGAAGGCGGCGUCUGGCUCCAGCACAGACGACACCAGUUCCGGCGCUGAGCCUUGGGCUCACUCGCGCUUGGACGAUUGGGAGCGCACGCCUAUGCCCUCUGUCGGCCAGAGUCCCCCGAUGCUGAGGCUCGAGGACAUCGUCGCCAAGCCUGCGAAGUCGAGGAAGAGCAAACGUAAGGACGCCGAGUACGAGAUGGUAUCCCCGCUUCCUCCGGUCAUCGCCCUCGACGACGCCAACUUUCGUGACAUCACCAUAGAUGAACCUUGGGAGUACAUACCCCGUCCAGACGAAGUUCCCAAGGCCUCCUACGCGGCCGUUCUGCGAGCGUAAUCUGGUGCAUUCCUCCACUGUCCAAUAUCCAUACCCAUCCUUUCUAAUCCCCUUACACUACCCGCAUCCUACUAUCGACCGCGACCUUUACAACUCAUAAACGCCUACACGUUCACUUGACGUGCUCAUUAAUGACGCGACGCUAUCAUGUCUAGCAUAAGCUUCUGCCUAAUACCAUGACACUGGACCACGACGA